AUGUCCUCGUCCAACAAGAGAAUAGCCUUGCUUGCACGUGUGGAGCCAAAGGUCUUCUUUGCCAAUGAGCGUACUUUCUUGUCCUGGCUCAACUUCACCGUCAUCUUGGGCUCCCUUGGUGUCGGUUUAUUGAACUUUGGUGACCAGAUCGGUCGUGUGUCUGCUGGCUUGUUCACAUUCAUUGCCAUGUUGACCAUGGUUUACGCCUUGGUCACGUACCACUGGAGAGCCAAGGCGAUCCGUAUGAGAGGCUCCGGGCCUUACGAUGACCGUUUCGGGCCUACCAUGUUGUGCAUUUUCCUUCUAGUUGCCGUGGUGGUGAACUUUAUCUUGAGAAUAAGGGCCUAA